ACUAGGUCCUGUAAGCACUGUAACUCUCGUGUCGCAGUCAAUUCGCUGCUAUUCUUACUUCGCUCGAUUGAAAUCAUGUCUGGAAGAGGUAAAGGAGGAAAGGGUCUCGGCAAAGGAGGCGCUAAGCGCCAUCGCAAAGUUCUGCGCGAUAACAUUCAGGGAAUCACCAAGCCCGCCAUCCGUCGUCUCGCUCGUCGUGGUGGUGUGAAGCGCAUUUCCGGUCUGAUCUACGAAGAGACUCGCGGUGUUCUGAAGGUGUUUCUGGAGAAUGUUAUUCGUGACGCCGUCACCUACACUGAACACGCCAAGAGAAAGACCGUCACUGCCAUGGACGUUGUUUAUGCCCUGAAACGACAAGGACGCACUCUAUACGGCUUCGGAGGUUAAAUUUCUGGAGUGAAAAGAUCAAAAACCCAACGGCUCUUUUAAGAGCUACCCACCUUCUCACGGAAAGAGUAAAAAUAAAAACAGUGCUUUUGUUCGGCUAUAUAGUUCGGCUUCACAUUUUAUUUUAAAAAGUCAAUACGAUUAACUGUUACUACACACAUGAUUUCCACCAGAAAAUUACUGAAAUGUUCAGGGGUCUCAUUUAUAUACGUUGCGUACGCCACUUUCCACGCAAAGGUUGUGAUCUAUUAAAAGCAAACUUGACGGGAGAAUGUGCGCACCUGUAAGCAAACUCUCACCCAUGCGUACACACAUUUUGGAGACAAGUGGCGACGACACAAAUGGUGAGUUAGUGAACUCAAGUUAGAUUGCAGAAAGUGAUAAAAACGAUUAUAAGCAUUUAUGCCUCACACAUUUAAUUUCACCUCAUAUGCGUUAAAGAUCCACAUGAUCACGAAGAUUAAAUCUGCAGAGUGAUUUGCGCUUGAAUUGAGUGAUAAUUGUUUCAUGCACCUUCUUGUAAAAUCCAACUCUAAUCUUAAAUAAAAAACCAUUCUAAAUAUUUAAUCAGCGCUGUCUCACCAUCACACUAUGAGCG